CCACCUCUCCCCUGGGGCACAGCCUCCAGCCGUGUCAUAGUCCUUUCACCAACUUCUCUGGAUGUCAGCGAUCAGUUUAGGCUCGAAGGCUCCGUGGUGCAGAAGACCCUGCUCUCCACGCAUGGUGUCUGCAGUGACAGUGCCCUGCUCUGCUCAGGAACCGGACGCACUGCAGAAGGGCCCUGGUGGAAUCCGGUGACUGCAGCCAGGCGCGACCCCAGCCCUGAGGCCCAGGCUGCCUCCACUACGCGGGCUCGGGGGCUCCCACCCCGAGGCGGGCACUGUGCUUGGCUGCUGUUCAGUCGGCGCUGGCCCCCCUCCCUCCCCCAGUCCCUGGAGGCUCCGUGGCUGCCGGAGCAGGAGGUGGAGCCCAGCCCUCGGCCGACUGGUAGGAGGGAAAGUUCGGCAGCAGCGGCGGGAGUAGCUUAGCAGCGGGAGCCCCGCCCGGCUGUCUGCAGGGCUGCCUGGGGUCCCUUGACCUCGAAUGGCAGAUUGAAGAGUUGUCAUGUGAGAAACUUUCGACAGUUGUUUCUGUGGCUGGAAUCCUCAAAUCUUCCACUUCAUUGCCUCUGGAGCAUAACCAGUGGUGGCACUGAGCUGAACGCGGUGCGAGCAGAAGGGGGCGGUACUUUCCGUCUGGACCCUGACUUGGAAGCCAAGUGCGACUCCAGGGCAGUCACCACCAGAAGCAGAUGUGCGAUCGAUCUCGGAGCAGCUGUGUGCCUUUCUUUCUGUGGAGACUCUUUUCCAUUACAAGAAGAGAAGCCAAGAUUGUUUUUAGCCACUGAAGGACUUAUGUAGCACUUACUCUUACAGGAACUGCAGAGUUUAGUAGAGAUUGGAUGGUCCCAGGCUUCUGACCUAAGUAAAGAUGGAGGACAAGUGGAUGUUGACAUAACCCACGGGUUUCCCCUCAUCUUCGGUGCAUCAGGAAGGCUAUGAUGGGAACAAAUGAAAGAAUUUGGAGGUCCCAUUUAACUGGUUGUUUCUGCCUAGAAGAUCUUCCCUUGGAAGCAGGACAGCGGUCCUGUGUAAUGGUUGACCUCCAAAGGCAGGCCGCAUUCUAGAAGGAAAUGGAUAAAAUUGGUCCAGGGGACUUCAGAGGCACUGUGGUCUAAUCAGGAAAGCCCUUGUGUGGGGCCUUCCCGUUGCCCUGGGAUGCUGCACACGCUGGACGCAUGGCCUGCACCUGAGUGAGGAUGGUCCGUCGUGGGCUGCUGGGGUGGAUUUCUCGGGUAGUGAUUCUGCUGGUGCUGCUCUGCUGUGCCAUCUCUGUCCUCUACAUGUUAGCCUGCACCCCAAAAGGCGACCAGGAGCAGCUGGGACUGCCACGGGCCAAUGGUCCCACAGGCAAAGAUGGCUACCAAGCAGUGCUGCAAGAGCGUGAGGAAGAGCAUCGCAACUAUGUGAAUAGCCUUAAGCGACAGAUCGCACAGCUCAAGGAUGAACUGCAGGCACGCAGUGAGCAGCUCCGCAAAGGGCAGGACCAGGCCAGUGAUGCCACCGGCCUGCGCUCAGGCUGGGACCCUGCACCCAAAGCCCAAGCCGAUCUGCUGGCCUUCCUGCGCGGUCAGGUUGACAAGGCCGAGGUCCAUGCAGGUGUCAAGCUGGCCACCGAGUAUGCUGCUGUGCCUUUCGAUAGCUUCACCCUGCAGAAAGUGUACCAGCUGGAAACCGGCCUGACCCGCCACCCUGAGGAGAAGCCGGUGAGGAAGGACAAGCGCGAUGAGCUGGUGGAAGCCGUCGAAUCGGCCCUAGAGAGUCUGAACAGCCCUGUGGAGAGCAGCCCACACCAGCGUCCUUACACGGCUGCGGACUUCAUAGAAGGGAUCUACCGGACAGAAAGGGAUAAAGGCACUUUGUAUGAGCUCACCUUCAGAGGGGACCACAAACAUGAAUUCCAACGACUAGUCCUAUUUCGACCCUUUGGCCCCAUCAUGAAAGUGAAAAAGGAGAAACUCAACAUGGCUACCACGCUUAUCAACGUUAUCGUGCCCCUAGCGAGAAGGGUGGACAAGUUCCGGCACUUCAUGCAGAACUUCAGGGAGAUGUGUAUCCAACAGGAUGGGAGAGUUCACCUCACCGUUGUGUACUUUGGGAAAGAAGAAAUGAAUGAAGUCAAAGGAAUACUUGAAAACACUUCCAAAGCUGCCAACUUCAGGAACUUCACCUUCAUCCAGCUGAAUGGAGAAUUUUCCCGGGGGAAGGGACUGGACGUCGGAGCCCGCUUCUGGAAGGGAAGCAAUGUCCUGCUCUUUUUCUGUGACGUGGACAUCUACUUCACCUCCGAGUUCCUCAACACGUGCAGGCUGAACACACAGCCAGGGAAGAAGGUAUUUUAUCCGGUUCUUUUCAGCCAGUAUAACCCUGGCAUAAUCUACGGUCAUCAGGAUGCAGUCCCACCCCUGGAGCAGCAGCUGGUUAUAAAGAAGGAGACUGGAUUUUGGAGGGACUUUGGAUUUGGGAUGACUUGUCAGUACCGGUCAGACUUCAUCAACAUAGGUGGAUUUGACCUGGACAUCAAAGGCUGGGGUGGUGAAGAUGUACACCUGUACCGGAAGUAUCUCCACAGCAACCUCAUAGUGGUACGCACACCUGUGCGGGGACUUUUCCACCUUUGGCAUGAGAAGCGCUGUAUGGAUGAACUGACCCCUGAGCAGUACAAGAUGUGCAUGCAAUCCAAGGCCAUGAAUGAGGCAUCCCACGGGCAGCUGGGGAUGCUUGUCUUCCGGCAUGAAAUAGAGGCUCACCUUCGCAAACAGAAGCAGAAAGCGGGCAGCAAAAAGACAUGAUCUCCCAGGCACAGAUCAGCAAAGACUUCCAGUUGUUUGCCAUUGGCUGUUCUGAAAAAGUAGAUGCAAUAAGGUAUAGACUUCCACAAAGGGUGACCAAGAAUCUGAUGAGGAGGAGAGAUGGAAGUAGAGAGUCUCUGGUUUCUGUUGGCCCUGUGUAGGGUGACAGUGACUGUGUUUACAGCAAAAUGAUCCCUCUGUCCCUGCUCACCGAAAUAGUCACAGCCUCAGACAAGUUCUGUAGAAAGUUCACUAGAAGAGAUGCAUGCAUACUGGCUUCUCUUCUUAGGAAUGGUUACAUCAGAGGGCCUUGGUAUCCAGGACUACCCACAUCUUAGAAGGAACAAAGGACCUGUGAGAAAUGCGGAGAUCCGACAGGAGUACCCUCCAGGGGACAAUGAGCAAAAUCAAAGAGACCUGGAAACAAACUGUCAACACUGUCAUCCCCCCAAUAUUAACCAAAAAAUAACCCUCUCGUUUCAGUUAUCUUUAGUCACUGUUCUAAAAAUGCACUUUUUGUUUUGCUUGUAUCGUGCUUAUUUAAUUACCUAUUGGCAAGCCUUGGUAGGAGCACAUUGUAGUAUAUACACUUGUACGAUUUCUAGGAUUUGUUUUUAUUUUUUUGUUGUUUUUGUUGGUAUGUUUAUUUGAGACGGUCUGGACACAGAGCCUGAACUAACUUUGAAAUCAUGGUCCUCCUGCCUCAGCAGCCCGAGUGCUGAAAUUACAGAUGUGCACCACCACCACUGACAAGGAGGCGUGUGAGAGAACCUUCAGGUGCCAACAUCUGGGCACAAAUCUGAGGACGUGCCAAACUCAAAGAUAAGGCUAUGUGUGGGGCUGCCGAGAGAACGGUGUAUCGAAACUGUCUACGACUAUCCGAAGAGGGACAAUCAAACACUACAGAAAGGAAAAGACACUGUCAUCUCCACCAUCAAGGAACACUAAGACCUUGGUAUGUUUCCUAGAGAACAUGCCUUCUCCUCAGGAGAAAUGGGGACCAUUUUCUUACCUGUUUGAAUAAACCAAAGUUAUGAACCAAACUAUCGCUUUUCAAAGCAGGGUGCUCUUCCUGGUCUCUGGCUUCCAUAAGAAGAAAAUGCAGGAAAAAAAUAUACAUAUAUUUUGUGAAAGACCAGUCCAUCAACCCAGCGAGAUGGGAAAUUUUGCUACAUUUUCACUCACUCCUGGCCAUGUGGAAACAACUUAUUUUUAAAAUAAGCAAUGUUGCUUGGUUGCCAAGACACUUCUGAAGCUCGCAUUUUCUUACAACUUCAAACUCUUUUUUAAAAAAAUAAAUAUGGUUACCAUCGAGUGGUUUCUACAUCCAUGUGCAAAUUAUUUAUUUAUUAGCCAGCACCAGAUGCAUGAGCUAAUUACCUCCUCUGUCUCCGUGCCUUCUGUUUGCCCACAGUGAAUUCAUUGUUUAAACGCUUCAAGAACACUCAAGCUGUGUGUUUAAAAAAAAAAAAAAAAGCAUUGUAUUGAUUUGUACUGGUAGUUUAUAAAGUUUAAUUAAAACAUGAGACAUAAAUGAAAGGUGGCAUUGCACAGCUAA